UUCUUGAUUCUGAAUAUGGAUAAAACUUUAGGUGAUUGCCAGCCGGUUGGACUUAUUGACGUUACUGACUGCUACUAUGGAUUCCCAAUCUCCUUGAGUUUCCCACACUUCAUGAACGGUGAUUUGGGGCUCCAAAAAAACAUCACCGGCAUAAGUCCAGAUCCGCAAAAACACUCUUCAACUUUUGUUAUUCAACCAGUCAUCUACCACCAGAUUCCACUGGAGCGGCGACAGGCGGUGCCCCAAUCGAUUGUACCAGUCUACAGCUUAGAAGAUUUCUUAUCCACAAACUGA